UUGGGGAUGGCUGGCUGUUGCCUCUGUGGAGGUUGAAGGUCUCUCAACAACAAACCUUCCUCUCUCCCCCCGUUCCUGCCUUUUCUUCCCUCCCUUGGGAAUUGUCCUAGGGGUGGUGCUGCAGCUGGAGGAGCAGGGCUUCCCACACCUUCCCCUUCAGGAGCUCUGCUCAAAGGGAACGUGGGUUUAUUUUUCUUUGCCCUCCUCUUCAUCUGGAGGAUCACCAGCGUUGUUCUCGCCGCCGUGACAGACACGGAGGGUGCGUGCUAGCGAGACACUUGCAAGGAGGGUUUGCAACUGGAGCUCUACCAGCCCACUCCUGGGGAUGGAUGGAUGGAUGGAUGGAUCCCUGACCUUCCUGCACAGUCAUUGUCAUCACACUCCAGCUUCAGGAGCAGCCACUCUCCUCAACAGGUUUUUGGCAUGUAGUCAUAGACUCUGAGGCGGGAGUCAUGGAGUCGCUGAGUGGCAGGUGCUGACAGCUUCUGCAGCCCCAGUAACUGCUCACUUUGGGGUCAUUUGCAAUUCUGUACCUCUAAAUGCCACAGCUCUCUGGGGGAAGGUUGCACUGGAUACCGGGACUGCCUCGGAAGACCGUGACGCCAUGGGCAACGCGGAGAGCCAGAGCGUGGAGCAGGCCUUCUACGGGGACAAGCAGCCGGCGCUGGGCCGCAAGCACACGUCGCGCUCGCUGCGCCUCUCGGGCAAGGCCUCGCGCCGCGCCCGCCACUCCUCCUCGGGCAAGGCCGCGCACCGCGGCUCCGAGGUGAGCACGCGCUCCAGCAGCACGCCCAGCAUCCCGCAGUCGCUGGCCGAGAACGGCCUGGAGCCCUUCGCGCCCGAGGCCCGCCUGGAGGACUUCGGCAGUGCCACGUGGGCCGAGCGCGUGGACAUGGCGCUGCGGCCCGUCUCCUACCACACGGACUCGUCGGUGACGCCCAGCGUGGACAGCAGCACGGCGCUGACGGCCGCGUCCGUGCACAGCGUGCCCGACUCGGAGGAGAGCCGGCUCUACGGCGACGAGCCGCCCUUCCUGGCCGAGGCCGACGCGCGGGCGCUGCGCUACGCGGCCAACGGUGCCGCCUUCGCCGACGCGGCCUCCUUCAAGAAGAAGCGCUCCAAGUCGGCCGACAUCUGGCGCGAGGACAGCCUGGAGUUCUCGCUCUCUGACCUCAGCCAGGAGCACCUGACCAGCAACGAGGAAAUCCUGGGCCUGGCCGAGGAGAAGGAGGCCGAGGCGGCGCGGGGCCCGGAGGCGGGCGGCAGCCCCCAGCCCCUGGUGGCCUGCCAGCGGGCCAACUCCAUGAGUGAUCUGUAUUCCCCCAAAACCCCCGGUGCCGCCAUCAAUGGGGGGCCCCGCAAUGCCUUUGGAGGGUACUGCCGGAGCCUGGUGUCCGACAUCCCCGAGCUGGGCGGCCAUAAGGUGCCUUCGGUGGCCGCCGAGGAUGCGCCCUCCUCCUACAGCAACUACAACACGCUGCCCUGCAGGAAGUCCCACUGCCUCUCCGAAGGGGCCUCCAACCCCCAGAUGAGCCAUAGCAGCAGCAUGCAAGGCAGAAGGGCAAAAACCACCCAGGACGUCAACGCGGGCGAGGGCAGCGAGUUCACCGACAGCGGCAUCGAGGGCGCAGCCACGGACACGGAGCUGCUGUCGCGGCGCUCCAACGCCACCACGGCCAGCUACUCGCCGCCCGCCGGGCGCGCCUUCGUGGGCAGCGACAGCGGCAGCAGCUCGGCGGGCGACGGGCUGCGCCAGGGCGUCUACGAGAACUUCCGCCGCGAGCUGGAGAUGAGCACGGCCAACAGCGAGCAUCUGGAGGAGGCGGGCUCAGCGCUGAGCGACGAGCAGAGCAGCGGCACCCUCAGCUCGCCCGGGCAGUCCGACAUCCUGCUGAGCGCCGCGCAGGGCACCGUGCGCAAGGCCGGAGCCCUGGCCGUCAAAAACUUCCUGGUGCACAAGAAGAACAAGAAGGUGGAGUCGGCCACGCGCAGGAAGUGGAAGCACUACUGGGUGUCGCUGAAAGGCUGCACGCUGUUCUUCUACGAGACGGACGGCAGGUCCGGCAUCGACCACAACAGCAUCCCCAAGCACGCGGUCUGGGUGGAGAACAGCAUCGUGCAGGCCGUGCCCGAGCACCCCAAGAAGGACUUUGUCUUCUGCCUCAGCAACUCCCUCGGCGACGCUUUCCUCUUCCAGACAUGCAGCCAGACGGAGCUGGAGAACUGGAUCACAGCCAUCCACUCGGCCUGCGCCACCGCCGUGGCACGGCAGCACCACAAGGAGGACACGCUCAAGCUGCUCAAGACUGAGAUCAAAAAGCUGGAGCAGAAGAUCGACAUGGAUGAGAAGAUGAAGAAAAUGGGGGAAAUGCAGCUGUCCUCCGUCACAGACUCCAAGAAGAAGAAGACCAUACUGGAUCAGAUCUUCGUGUGGGAGCAGAACCUGGAGCAGUUCCAGAUGGACCUGUUCCGGUACCGCUGUUACCUGGCCAGCCUGCAGGGCGGGGAGCUGCCCAACCCCAAGCGCCUGCUGGCCUUCGCCAGCCGCCCCACCAAGGUGGCCAUGGGCCGCCUGGGCAUCUUCUCCGUGUCCUCCUUCCAUGCACUGGUGGCGGCUCGCACGGGGGAGUCGGGAGUGAGGAGAAGGACACAGGCCAUGUCCAGGUCUGCCAGCAAGAGGAGGAGCAGGUUCUCUUCUCUCUGGGGGCUGGACACUACCUCCAAGAAGAAGCAGGGGAGGCCCAGCAUUAACCAGGUGUUUGGAGAAGGAGUGGAUUCAGUGAAGAAAUCUCUUGAAGGGAUCUUUGAUGACACAGUCCCGGAUGGCAAGAGGGACAAGGAAGUGGCCCUGAGCAGCGUCCACCAGCACAACCCCGACUGUGAUAUCUGGGUGCACGAGUACUUCACGCCCUCGUGGUUCUGCCUGCCCAACAACCAGCCUGCCCUGACAGUCAUCCGGCCUGGGGACACCUCCAGGGACGUGCUGGAAAUGAUCUGCAAGACACACCAGCUGGACUGCUCUGCUCACUACCUGCGCCUGAAGUUCCUGCUGGAGAACCAGAUGCAGUUCUACGUGCCAAAGCCAGAGGAGGAGAUCUAUGAGCUGGUAAUGCUGCCCACUGGGCUGCUGUACAAGGAAAUAGAAAUCUGUCAGAAAAUUACCCAGCACAUUCAGAUGGAGAAGUCUGAUGCAUCCUCUGAUAUUUAUGGUUUCUCUCUGUCCUCGGUGGAAGAGGAGGGGAUUCGCCGGCUCUACGUGAACGGCGUCAAGGACACAGGCCUGGCUUUCAAGAAAGGCCUGAAGGCUGGGGAUGAGGUGCUGGAGAUCAACCAGAGAGCGGCUGAGGAGCUGGACUCGGCGCUGCUGAAGGACGCCCUGGCGCAGCCCUCGCUGUGCCUCACCGUGCGCACCCACCCCGAGCCAGAGGAGGCCCAGAGGCUGAGCCAGCCGCCCCCACGGCGCCCAGAGAACCCCCCCGAGCCUGGGGACAGCGCCCUGCCCUUCCCUGGGGGCAGCCAAGGGCACUCCCUGUGCAGUGACCCCGACAGCUCAGCCGAGGCGGCCCCGGAGGAGGCGGAGGCGCAGGACCUGGAAUCGUCCGACGAGGCCGAGAAGAUGAGCAAGAGCACAGAGCAGGUCGCAGCUUUCUGUCGCAGUCUGCAUGAAAUGAACCCCUCUGACUGCAGUGCUCCCCCCCAGGACUGUGCAGGGCCCCAGCUGAGCACCAUGAGGCAGCUCACGGACGCAGACAAGCUCAGGAAGGUCAUCUGUGAGCUCCUGGAGACCGAGCGCACCUACGUCAAGGAUUUGAAUUGUCUGAUGGAGAGAUACCUGAAGCCUCUUCAGAAAGAAACCUUCCUCACACCAGAUGAGCUGGAUGUUCUCUUUGGGAAUCUGACUGAAAUGGUAGCAUUCCAGGUAGAGUUCCUGAAAACUCUGGAAGAUGGAGUAAGGCUGGUUCCAGACCUGGAAAAGCUUGAAAAAGUUGAGCAAUUUAAGAAAGUGUUGUUCUCCCUGGGUGGAUCCUUCCUGUACUAUGCUGACAGGUUCAAGCUGUACAGUGCCUUCUGUGCCAGCCACACAAAAGUCCCCAAAGUCCUGGUCAAAGCCAAGACAGACACCGCUUUCAAGGCGUUCCUGGAUGCCCAGAACCCGCGCCGGCAGCACUCCUCCACCCUGGAGUCUUACCUCAUCAAACCCAUCCAGAGGAUACUCAAAUACCCCCUCCUGCUCAAGGAGCUCUUUGCUCUCACUGAUGUGGACAGCGAAGAGCAUUAUCACCUUGAUGUGGCCAUCAAAACAAUGAACAAAGUUGCCAGCCACAUUAAUGAAAUGCAGAAGAUCCAUGAAGAAUAUGGGGCAGUGUUUGACCAACUCAUAGCGGAGCAAACAGGGGAGAAAAAAGAGGUGGCCGACCUUUCCAUGGGGGACCUGCUGUUGCAUAACACAGUGAUAUGGCUGAACCCUCCUGCUUCCCUGGGCAAGUGGAAGAAGGAACCUGAGCUGGCAGCGUUCGUGUUCAAAACUGCCGUGGUCCUUGUGUACAAGGAUGGUUCCAAACAGAAGAAGAAACUGGGAGGAUCCCACAGAGCCUCCAUUUAUGAAGACUGGGAUCCGUUCCGGUUCCGCCACAUGAUCCCUUUGGAGGCGCUGCAGGUGCGGGCCCUGGCCAGCGCAGAUGCAGAGACCAAUUCUGUGUGUGAGAUUGUCCACGUCAAAUCUGAGUCUGAGGGCAGGCCAGAAAGGACAUUUCACCUCUGCUGUAGCUCUCCAGAGCACAGGAAGGACUUUCUGAAGGCAGUGCACUCCAUCCUGCGGGACAAACACAGAAGACAGCUCCUUAAAACCGAAAGUUUGCCCUCCUCCCAGCAAUAUGUUCCUUUUGGUGGAAAAAGAUUGUGUGCUCUAAAAGGUGCAAGGCCAGCCAUGAACAGGGCAGUGUCAGCCCCCAGCAAGUCUCUGGGGAGGAGGAGGCGGCGGCUGGCCCGAAACAGGUUUACCAUUGACUCGGAGGCCAUCCACGGCAGCAGCCCCGAGAAAGAGCCCGCGCAGGGAGGGGACACUGACCGCUGGGUCGAGGAGCAGUUCGACCUGGCGCAGUACGAGGAGCAGGAGGACAUCAAGGAGACCGACAUCCUGAGCGACGACGACGACUUCUGCGAGGCGGCGCGCGGGGCGCAGCGCGAGCUGCGGGAGCGGCUGCAGGCCGCGUCGCUGGCGGGCGGCCGGCGGCCCGAGAGGCCCUGCCCGUCCGGGGACGCGCACGCCGCCAGGAUGGCCCAGCUGAGGAAGCAGGCGGCCCUGCCCGCCAUCAACGGCGCCGCCGAGGGCCACGGCGAGGAGGUCAUCUGGGUGCGGCGGGAGGACUUUGUGCCCGGCAGGAAGCUCAACACCGAGCUCUGAGGCGGCCUCGGGCCCUGCGGGACCCCGCGGGUCGCACACUUGCACACACCCUUGCGGCAGCUCACACCGUCAAACGCUCCAAAACCGGGAACGAAACGAGCUCGAGGUCCUGUCUUGCGUUAACCAAGGGCUUUCACACUACUUUAUUUAUUCUAAAACAAUCAGGGGCUGAAAUUGAGUACGGGGGGAACGUAAUCACUGGAAAA